AAUUUCUUAUUUUAAAAUAUAUCAGUUUAUAUUUCGUUUAAACUUUUAUUUAAAACAAUAUUAAAGACCUCCAGCAACCCUAUAUCACACCUGUAACAAAUGUCAAUUCAGAAUUGAGAAUGUAAACACUCACACACGUUGAUUUUCUUCAUCGCUUAACUUGAAAUUAUUUAAAAAUAAGCUACUGCGAGCAUGGUUAAUCAGGAGCAAUUAAAAGCCAUUGGCGCUGUGUUAAAUAAUAAGGAACGUCCUUUGAAAGAACGUUUUCGUGCUUUAUUUACACUAAAAAAUCUUGGAGGAGCUGAAGCAAUUCAAGAAAUUAGUCGGGGAUUUACUGAUGACUCAGCUUUGUUAAAACAUGAACUAGCUUAUUGUCUGGGACAGAUGCAGGAUAAAAAAGCCAUUGACAUUCUCACAAAAGUACUGGCGGAUACAACGCAAGAACCUAUGGUAAGACAUGAGGCUGGUGAAGCGCUUGGCGCUAUUGGUGCUCCGGAGGUCAUUCCAAUAUUGGAGCAGUAUAAGGAAGAUCCUGUGGUGGAAGUUGCAGAAACAUGUUCAAUUGCAUUAGAUCGUGUUCGUUGGCUGGAGAGUGGUCAAAAUGUGGAUGACAACAAUCCCUAUGCAUCAGUCGAUCCCUCCCCUCCAAUUGGCGGCAAUAAGAGCGUUGAAGAUUUAAAAUUAAUCUACCUAGAUCCAAAUCAAAGCUUAUUUGACCGAUAUCGUGCCAUGUUCAGUUUGCGCAAUUUGCGUACAACGGAAAGUGUUUUGGCUAUCGCAGAAGGUUUAAAGGAUGGCUCAGCACUAUUUCGACAUGAGGUCGCCUUUGUAUUGGGACAAAUACAAGAACCAUGUAGUAUUCCUUAUUUGAAGGACAACUUGGAAGAUAGCAAUGAAAAUGAGAUGGUGCGUCAUGAAUGCGCAGAGGCACUUGGAGCAAUCGCUACGGAGGAAUGUGUCAAAAUAUUAAGUCGUUAUGCGAUGGAUGAAAAACGAGUUGUAAAGGAGAGCUGUGAAAUAGCAUUGGAUAUGUGCGAGUACGAGAACAGCCCCGAGUUUCAAUAUGCCGAUAGUUUGGGCAAAAUAAGCACAUAAGUUAUAUAUAAACCCCUAUUAUAUGUAUAUAUCCUUUUAAACGCAUAUUAAGAUUUUUAUAUUUUAGAACAAUAAUAUACAUAUAUGUAAAUAUAUAUGAGAAAACAAUUUUGGUAAAAACAAUAUAUUAGAUUAAAAAUUCACUAAAA